AUGAUCCUGAUUUACGACACCAAGGUUAAACCGAAUUUGCUUCUCGCGUGCAGCGAUCCUUUCAUGGAUCAGGAGUACCGAGGAACGCGCCUCAAUCGGAAAUCAAGAAAGCUUAUUAUGCCGCAUCUUGCCAAGAAAUAUCAUCCAGAUACGAACAAAAGCGCUGAUGCAAAAGAAAAGUUUGUACAGAUUCAAGAAGCUUACGAUGUUCUCUCGGAUGGAGAAAAGCGAGCACAAUAUGAUCAAUUUGGUUCAUCGUUUACCGGUGACGGACCAACAGGAGCAGGGGGUUUCCCUGGUGGCCCUAAUUUUGAAAAUUUUGCAGGAUUUGGGCCGGCAGACUUUAUGAACCAAUUCUUUGGUGGUGCUGCAUUCAGUAGAAGGCCUGGCGGCGGAUUUAGUUCAUUAGCGGUCGGAGAUGAUGUUGAGGCAGCUAUAACAGUUCCCUUUAUGGAAGCUAUUAAGGGAGGACGACGGGAGAUUACUAUCGAGCAUGUCACAGUUUGCACGAAUUGCAAAGGGUGCGGAACAAAGACUGCGCAGAAACCGGAAAAAUGCUCUACAUGUGGUGGUACAGGUCUACAAUGGACUGCUGUUGCCAGCGGAUUUCAUAUGCAAAGUACAUGUAAAGAAUGUAGAGGCAAAGGUACCAAAAUACGCCCGGGCAACAAAUGUCCUGUGUGCAACGGUGUUGGAAGAGUGAGAGAAAAGAAAUCAAUAUCUGUGGAUAUUCCUGCAGGAGUGGAAGACGGGAUGAGCAUAAAAAUUGCGCGACAAGGCGAUGUUCCAUUGGACGCAGAUGGCCCACCGGGGAAUUUGUACGUAAGAAUUAGAGUAAACCCUUCCAGCAUAUUCAAACGCCAGGGUUCCACUAUAUUAGUAGAUGCAGAGGUGCCAUUUCACACAGCGAUAUUGGGAGGAUACAUUCGCAUACCGACAGUAGAUGGUGACGUAGAAGUUAAAGUCCCAGCGGGAACGCAACCCGGUCAGCAGGCCGUAUUGAAAGGGCGAGGUGCUCGUAAGGUCAAUAUGCAGUCUCGUGGAGAUCAAAUAGUCGCGUUUAAGGUGACAGUACCAAAGAAAUUGUCAUCGAAACAACGAGAGUUGAUGGAAGAAUAUGCCAAGAUUUCGGGUGACACUUAG